GUUAUAGUUUGUGUCGUAACGGAGGCAAGCAUUAAAUGAGAGACUAUAAUGAGUAUUUCCCAAUUCCAAUUUCCAUCAUUACACAGAUUUGUGUAUCUUUUUAAGUGAAACUAACUCUCUCUCCCCUCAUCAUCCUCUACCCCUUUCACUUACCCUCCCUCUUCCACAACCCUAAACUUACAAAACUUUUCAUUUCUUGGUUCAUUUGACCUUGCUUUCUUUAUUAUUUCUAUCGUUUUCUACUUUCUUCGACUUGUGGCUUCAUUCUUGUUCCCAUUUUCUUUAUCAUUCUGGUCUAAAUGUGCAACUAUCCCUCAUCUCCUUCUAUGGCUUCCUCUAGUCGAACUUCUAAACCUAAACCUCUGGACCCAAAUGCUCAACCCUUUCUAAGACAACAUAAAACUUUUCCACCAAAAUCUGUAUUUUUGCCUCCGGUGCCCUUUUUCCCGCAUCAGCACCACCAGCUUCGGCUUCCCCAGGUGGUUCAGCCGGUGAUGGCACCUGGCUCUCACGGUGUUGUUUGUUAUCCACCUCCACCACCACCGCCCCAAUGGUAUCGCCAGUCUCCAUCGUGGGUAUACCCACCACCACCACCACCACCACCACCAACUGUUUUCUACAAUAGGCAGCCUCUGCCUAUUGCUAAUCCGGUGCCAUGUUACGUUCCGGCUGUAACUGAGCGUAACAGUAAUACGACGCCGCAAGCUGUUGGUGGUGCAAGGAAAAUGGCUGAUGGGGUUAAACAUGUCAAUGAUUUUAGGGUUAGGGGUGGUUAUGAAAACAACUGGGCACUCAAAAAUAAAAGCAAAGGGCCAAGAAUGAUGGUAAAAAAAACACAAACUUCCUGGGUAAGAAAGGAUUCUGCGGCUUGUAAUAGCAAAUCAAUUAAGAGAAGAGGCUAUCAUCCUGAAAUUAAAGAAAAAACAAGCAUCAUGAUUAGGAAUAUUCCUAAUCAAUUUCAAAGGCGCCACCUGAUACGGAUUCUUGACGAACACUGCGUCAAAGAGAACAAGAAAGCCAAGCUUAUGUCUGAUCCUGAACAGUCAAUGUUCGACUUUGUGUAUCUGCCCAUGGACUUUGGGAGCGGAGCUAACCUGGGAUACGCAUUUGUCAACUUCACCAACUCGGCUGGAGCCACAAGAUUCUUCAAGAGCUUUCAAAAUUUCAAGUGGGAAGUUUCGGUGAACAAAAAGAUCUGUGAAAUUUGUUAUGCUGCACUGCAGGGGAAGUGUACCCUUAUUAAGCAUUUUAGGAACUCUGUGUUCCCGUGUAUGUCCUAUGAGUUUCUCCCUGUCUAUUUCUCGUCGCCCCGAGAUGGUUUCGCGAAGCCUAGCCCUGUUAUUAUUGGCCGACGCAUAAAUCCUGGGAGUGCAAUUGCAGUAUCAAUCUCUGGGGUGAAUUGGAAACACGGGAUUGAGGUUCAGCAUAUACUUCUUAUGAACAAGUGUUGUGUGUUGGUGAUCUGGUUGUGUUUGCAUUUUAAACUCGUUGAUGGCUUUGUGCUAUUUGUUAUUGAUUAUAUAACUACUUCAUCAUUUUAA